CGGGCAUACGGCCCCAGGCAGCAUGAACACCUUACUACCGGUACAACUGCCUCCUGGGGGCCGGGGAACCACCUGGGUGAGCUUAAGGAACGCCUAAUGGCCCACCUGCUCCAUCCGCAGCUCUACUGCAUGUACCCGGUACGGCACCCGGCACACUGUACCCGGUACUAAUGCCCUAACGUGCGCAGGUCCAUCAACUGGCAGCCUCCCGUGCCGCAGCCGCAGCCGCCCCCCGGCCCGCUGGUGUCCCCGCCCAGCAACGCCCAGCUCAGCUGCAAGCAGGGCCUGGCGGUGGGCAUCCCAUGCGGUCUGGCGGCGCUGCUGGUGCUGGCGGCGGGGGUGGUGGCGGUACGGCGGCGGCGACGGCGGACGGAGCGGCCCGCGAGUGCGCCUGGUGCGGGCGACGCCACGACGCUUUGCGUGACAGACAUACAGGACUCUACAAUGCUGUGGGAGGCGCUGCCGGAGCAGGUCAUGGAUGCCGCCCUCCGCGUGCACCACCGCGUGGUUCGCGCUGCGCUGCUUGCCCACAGCGGCUACGAGAGCGCCACGGAGGGGGACUCCUUCAUCGCCGCCUUCCACACGCCGCUGGCAGCGCUCAGGUUCGCACUGGAGGCGCAGCAGGCGCUGCUGGCCGCCCCCUGGCCUCCGGAUCUGCUGCAGCAUGCACCGCUGCCGGGCGUGGAGCCGCAGGAGGACCCCGCGGGGCUGCUGGUGAUGCUGCACAGACCGCCGGUCCACGUGCCCAAGUCCGCCCACCCCUCGAGGAGGAACUCCCCCGCCCCCGCCAUCACCGCCCCCGCCACCCCCAACCCCACCACCUCCGCACCCAAACGAGCGACGUUCCAGGCCAGGCCCCCCUUGAACGCCACCACUACCGCCCCCAACCCAAGCCCACGCGGCUUCGCCUCACGUAGCCACCAGGAGCUUCGCCAGUCUGACGCCACCCGACCCUCCAGUGAAAUGAGCGACAGCCCAGUACUACCGCAGGACAUGCCCCGAAGCAUCCCGUUCCCCCCGUUCCAAGGCCCCGUGUUCCCGCCUGGCAGCAUCCUACCUAGAUCCCAUCCGGCAGCAGCAACCGCCCGCAAGGCCGGAGCGCGACUGAUGCGGUCGCUAUCCCACAUGGCGCCUGUUGCACCGGUGGCAGCAGCUGCGGCCGCGGCCGCGGCUGUGUUUCCGCACUCCCUGGACGGGCCCCUCGCCUCCUCCGCGGCUGCAACGCCGCUCAGCCUUGCAACGCAUAGCAGCAUUGCGGCGGAGGAGCGCAGCAGCUCCUGCGGCAGCGCGGAAGGUGGCGGCGGCGGUGGUGGCGGCGGCGAGUCACACACGCUGGCGGCAGACGCGGCCGUUGUGACCGUUCCCUUCCGUAAAUGCAGCCACAAUGCGAGACCGCAGCAGCAGCAGCCCCAGCCUCAGCAGCAGCAGCCCCAGCAGCAGCAACUGGGAGCCCCCGUCCGCACCCCGCCCGCCUAUCAUCACCAGUCACUACCUGCUGACUCGGGUGGGGCGGUCACUACCAGGGAGUGUAAGGCGUGUGUCGUACGCUGCUCGGACUGCCACUCCGGGUCGCUUAUCGGCAGCAGCAGCAGCUGCUGCGACCCGCCGCGCGCAGCAGCAGCAGCAGGGCCGCGUAGCUGCACAGCUGCCGGCGCAGGGCUGACCGCCUCAACCCCGCAGCUCCCUCCUGCUUCGAACGCCAUAUCAUCGCCAAACAUGCUUCCCCUCGAGGGCAGCCAGGUCGCUGCACCGCCUGAAGCCGCAGCCGCGCCCAUGCAGGCCAACGCUGCCUCCCAAGCCUCCCCCUUCAGCACCAGCAGCACUGCCGUGACUGCAGCAGCGGCAGCAGCGGCAGCAGCAGCUCCCGCUACCGGACAGCAGCCCCGGCCUCUGCUGGCGCCGCCGCUGCAAUCCUCCUCCUUCAGCCCCUACGAACAGAUCAGUGCGGUGAUGUCGCUUCAGGACAGUCUGCUCUGCCUGGAAAGCAGCUUGGGGCCUCGCAACCCGCCGCCAUGCGGCACGGAGGUCGGUGCUGGGCUUCUUCUUCGACAUGAGCCGCUGAGGGCUGCAGCAGGCAGCUCUGCAUGCCCCACGCUGGCUGAGUGCCUUCGCUCGCAAUACACUGUGCUGCAACAGGCGUGCUCCAGCACGUCGCUGACCGCACCUCCACAGGCAGCCGUCUGGGAUGCCCGCUGGGCAGCCUCGGAAUCCUCGCCUGCCGCAGCAGCUGCUGCCGCCUCCCUUGCUGCUGCCGUGGGCGCCCACGGGUCCACCUUUGCUGCGGCGGCAUCAGCGGCGGCGGCCCUGGGUGCGGCUGACGUCAGCUCUGACGGCAGGGGUCGCGAGGCGCAGGUGGUCGCGUUCCGGGGCCUUCGUGUUCGCAUGGGGCUGCACAGCGGUGUGCCUUCCGUGGCGGAUGUUGGGUGCAAUGAGGCGAGCGGGCGUAUCGCGUACUCGGGAAACCCUCUGAGGCUUGCCAAGGCGGUAUCCGACGCAGCCAACGGCGGCAUGAUUCUCCUCUCCGAAACCGCCCUGCAGCAACUUCUGCUGGACCCCUCAGCACCCAAGGCCCUGCAAAACGUGCUCCUGCUGUGGAUGGGUCAACACCACCUGGGUGCCGGCCUGCAUGACAUGCACCUCUUCCAAGCCCUCGCGCGCAGCCUCACCGCACGCCUUGCCCUUCAGCGCCCCCUGCGCACCCAUGCGCUGCUGCCGCCCUUCCACGGGGCCCUCUGCGCGCCCAUGCAGCACGGCGUGUUAGCUAGGCUGACGGUAGUGGGGGCGGGCGCGCUGCUUGCAUGGAACCGUAGCGUGGCGUCGUACGCUUUGGAUCUGUUGUACGAAGCGGUGACGGAGGAGUUGCGGACGGCCGUUCCGGCGGGAUCGGCGCAGCCGUACAUCGUGGAAGGCGCGUUUGGGCUGUACACCGAAUGCCCCAAGGCUGCCGGGACGGGGCGGAGGAGCGAGGCGUAUGCUGCGGCGGCUGCCGGCCUGACCCCGUCCCAGACGUCAGGACAGCUGGAACGCGCUUGCACGGGUCCUCUCAGCGCCGGCCUGGUCCCUCAGUUCUCAUGCGCCUCUACCGGAGGCGCCGGAGGCGGAGGAGGGAGCCGCGGCGGCGGCGUGAGGGCCUGCACCCACUCAACCUUCAACUGCAAACGCUCAGCCACCUGUUCCUCCCUGUCGCCGCAGCAGCCACCGCCGCUACAGCCGUCGAGUGCCUCGCCGGCAUCCGGGUGUGAGGACGCGCACGCCCCAGCUGCGGCGGCAGGGCAGUCCCCGCUGACCCCGGAGCCGCCGGCGAGGCGACCCCCGCACUCGCCGCGGCUGCAGUCUUCAAUGACAGAUCGCUCCACCUCGGGGUCCAGGCGCGGUGGUGGAGGCAUCGGUGGCAGCAGUGGUGGUGGCGGAGGCUUUGUACGGCCGGCGUUUCGGAUGUCGUCGCUGGGCAGUGCGGCUGCUUCCUGGCUGUCGGCUGCUGAGGGGGGUCGCGGCGGCGCGCCGGGCGUCAUGACGGCGGUGCUGGACUCGCCGCAUGUGGGCGCCUCCUGGCUGCUGAGGGUGGUGGACCUGCUACCAUGCUUGGACUGGCCCUCCGAGCUGCUCCACAACGCGCUGUGUGAGGAGGUGGCGUUCGAGCUGCCGGCGGUGCUCGGGGCGCUGGACACGGACGCAGGCCUGGCGCGGCAGCGGCUGCAGCGCCGCAGCGUAGUGUGGGCUGCGCAGCAGGGGGUGCAACAGCAGCAACAGCAACAGCAGCUGCCACCGCAGUCGUUGAGGAGCAGCGGCGAGGAGGGAGAGUCCUCGGCCAUCGGCAAGGAGGAUCUCGCCGCCGCUGUCAACGUCAAAGCCCCGGCAACAGCGACAGCAGCUGGUGCAGCCCCAAUUACGACGGCAGCAGCAGCAGCAGCGGCAAGCCAACCAAGACCGCCGGAUGCAGCUGCAGCUGUAGCUGCAGCUGCUGCUGGCGGCGCGAUGGCGGCAGGAGUCGCCGGCGACGGCAGCAGCGGCAGCCUGGUGUGGCGUUCACCGACGCCGCCUCGCGAGGGAGUGGUGUUCCGCGGUCUGCGGGUGCGGUGCGCGCUGGUGUGCGGCGAGCUGGUCGGGGAGCUGCCGGCGGGCAUGGGCGCGUCGGGGCACGUGGUGUACCGAGGGAAGGCCUGGUCGGCGCUGGGCAAGGUGGCUGCUAAGAGCAAGGCAGGAGAGGUGGCCACGAAUGCAGCGACUGCGGCGAUGUUGCCGGCACCCAUUUCGGGCAUGGUAGUUGUGAAGAGCAUCUGAAGCCGCAGGGCCCCGAGGCGGCUUGGAAACAUUAGGGGUUACUUUUUUCUCUUGAGAUAGUAUGGCAAUAUGAGGGUGCUGGGUGGAGGGUUUGUGAAAUAGAACUGAGGUGAUUAGAGGCUUUGUUGGUUUCGGCACACAACGCUUGCAUGCAUGCGUCUUCGGAGGAACAGCACUGUGCACUUAGUCGGCAUUGAGGGGUAAGUGCGCAAACCACUCCCCUAGCUACGUUGAGCUGCUAUCUAAAGUCUCUAAUUAUGUGCUUAUAACGCUUAAGCACUUCAAAAAUAUCAAAGAAUACCCGAAUUACUUUAUUACUUGCUGGAGCACCUAGCAUCAUGCAUUGUGUGGACUGGCUUGAUUGGCCGGCUGCAACGCGGCGUGUGCGGUGCUGCGAGGCGGGGCCCCCUCACCAGCUCUCAUGAUCUCUCAUGAUACACGGGGGCGACACUGCUACUUCGUACGGCCACAAAUCCACAUAGGAGGUUGUUGGCUAACACGUUGAAUAUUAAGCGCUGCUGUAUUGUCUCGGUCUCUACAAUAUGUUAUAAUACGCGGUGCGCAAGCGGAAGCUGAGUAUGUUUGUGUUGUCCUACCUGCGCCCUGGUUACUGUCAAGAGAGCUACCGCUCCCUGUGUUGCCAUGUCUAUAGCAUUGUGAUACAGCAAUAUCCGCGCUCCUGCCCGGCGUUCGUCUCUCUAGUAUGGUACUGCUUGCGGUUCGGCCGUCGUUGUUGCCGUAACCUCGCCACCAUACAUUUUCCGUACAACCACUUUUUGCCGCGCUGACGUGUCAUUCUGAGCCCUUUCCUAAUGUGAGGGAGCUAGCCGGCAUGUCAUCACCAUUGACUUCCCGCGGCGAUGGGAUAUUAACAUUCCGUCGUGCUAUGGCUAGGAUGUAUUCCAGAUGUGCAGAGAGAUUGAGCAGCGAGGCGCUUCUUGAACCGUAAUCGCCGUAAAGUUAUCUGAGGGGUGAAAUGGAUAGUAAGCCCGGGUGUGUAUGCCGUACUGCUUCCUUCCUCAUGCGCGUGAAAGCGCCCGGAACUGCCGGCCAAUGCGGUGCCGAUACUAUAAUAUGUGCUUUCGGUGGAAAAGGGCAAACCCAAAUCCUGAACAUUGCCCAUUCCCAUAGUAACUCGGUAUAUGUGUUCGGUGUGUCAUCCGUUAGCUGGCAUGCUGUUGCGGCCGUUUAGCGGCGGUGGUGUGCUGUUUUGUGUGACUUCAUGUGCUUGCCAUCUUGGCAUGAUGGAAGGCUCAAGGGAUUCAAUAACUCGUGUACUAUGGAGGAGCUCUGCUGUGUAGAAGCGCUAAGCGCCCUUGUAAGCCGCGUGUCAUACUGUGUAUGUUACGGUAGUGUCAGGGCUUCGGAGCGAGCAACACACAUAUCAAGCCACCCUUUGUGGUCUGUUGUGUUCUGUCUUGAGGAACUUUCUGUGUGUUAUGAAUAAUUGCCCCCCGUGAGCCCGUGUGGUGUGAAGCAGCUAUACAGUUGUGGUUGCACGUGUUUGCUGGGGCUAUGUCUAUUCGGCUGUUGUUGGCAGGAAAUCAUCUUUGGCAAACGUUCGCAAAAUCAUUUGGGUUUUAUCAUACAGUCACAGUAGCCGAAUUACCUAACGUGUGAGGGCAUCCCCCUGAGCCUGAUGAUGAUGAGGAACACUGUCGUACAAAUGGUGAACCAUAGUGGUGCACGGUUUCUCAAAGUGUUUCCUUAGCCUUAGAUGACGGGCAUGGGUUGAUGCAGACCGGAGCAAUGGCGGCUUACGUUUGAGGCCGUGUGAGUUGCAUGUGUGGCGGUUUAGUUGGGUUUGGCCUGGGCCAUGGGCGUUGUUGUGGGGUUACAUGUGCUCGUUUGUUCGUGUAACGGGCUAGCGGCCCCACGCGGUUGAGACUACGGUUACCAGUGGUUGGGUGUACGGAUUGCCUGUACGGAAAUGAAGCAAGCGCUACCGGUAACUGGUGUUUUUAUGGGUACACACCCCUGUAAGUAAGGGCUGACACUGCUGCUGCCAUCGCACUGCAUGUUGCCUGGUGAAGCAGCGCAAGAAGUCCGGG